AACUACAUCAACAGAACACGGAUACGGUUCCACUACCAUUUUAGCUGGUUAGCCAACGUCCAACCGAUAUUUUGUAUAUUUUUUUGCUGUUGUAAUAAAUCAAGUGGUAUAUUGGUCCAUUUAAUUCAUUAUGUAUAAUGUUAGUGAGCAGGUAAAGGUGGCCUAACGCUAAGUUAAUCGCUAAUGCUCACUUAGCAAGCUAACAUCCCUGACAAUGAGCUCGCUACAUUACCGCGCAGUUACUGAAAAAAAGGCCUGGACGGAGGAAGAAGCCUUGGUGAAAGACAAGGAACAGAGGAUUGUCGCUGUUAAAGAAGAAGUAGAUAGUGAUGCUUUAAGAGUGAAAGAAGACUUCUCAAUGACAGAAAAGGGGGAGAUAUUCAGACUAAUACAGGUGGAUGAUGUACCUUUGAUAAAAGAGGAUGCCGUAUUUGCAGUGAAAGCGGAGAAUGAGGAGAUUAAUGUCACUUUGAAGAAAGAAGAGGAACAGACUGGAGCUCCGAUUAACUACGUGAAACAGGAGGACAUUAACAUCACAGUUAGAGAAGAGGAAGACGUUUUUGGAGUGAAGGAGGAAGGAGAGAUUACUGUCACAUUGGAAGAAGAUGACCAGGAGGACUAUGAAAAAAUCUCAAACCCAGGCUCAGACAGUGGUCCCAGUUCCACAAACUCCAAACAAGGCAGACAGAAGCCCUGCUGUCGUAAAAACAUUACUUGUCCAACUCACCUUGAAUCAAAGACGUUGGCACCUAAACAAAAGAAGCUAUUCCUAUGCUCCCAAUGUGGAAAGAGCUUCCGUCGAGCUGGACAACUGAAGAGUCACCAGAGAUCUCACAGUGGAGAGAAGCCUUACAAAUGCUCUCAAUGUGGGGACGGAUUCACUCUGCUAGGAAGUCUGAAAAGUCAUCAGAGAAUACAUACAGGGGAGAAGCCUUACAAAUGCACCCAGUGUGAAAAGAGCUUUAAUCAUUCAGGAACUCUUAGACAACAUCAAAGAGUGCAUACAGGAGAGAAGCCUUACAAAUGUACCCAGUGUGGAAAGAGUUUUAGACAUUCAGGAAGUCUUAGAGAACAUGAAAGAGUGCAUACAGGGGAGAAGCCUUACAAAUGUACCCAGUGUGAAAUGAGCUUUAGUCGUUCAGGAAGUCUUAGAGGACAUGAGAAAGUGCAUACAGGGGAGAAGCCUCACCAUUGCAACCAAUGUGGGAAGAGUUUCAGUCAGGCAGGAAUUCUUAGGAUUCAUGAAAAAACUCACACAGGAGAGAAACCCUUCCAAUGCUCUGUGUGUAAAAAGAGUUUUCCAAGAGAAAUAACGCUAAAGAUUCAUGAGAGAGUUCACACUGGAGAGAAACCGUUCUGCUGUUCCACAUGCGGCAAGUGUUUCAGUGAAAAAUUAAACCUUAACAGACAUGAGCGAGUACAUAGUGGGGAGAAACUUUAUCUCUGUACACAGUGUGGAAAGUGCUUGAGUAAUUACAAAACACUUAGGGAACAUCAGAGGAUACAUACAGGGGAGAAACCAUACCACUGCUCUCAGUGCGGAAAGAAUUUCCGUUUUGCAGGUGACCUACAGAAACAUCAGAGAUUACAUAGCAAGGAAAAGCCUUACCACUGCUCUGUAUGCCAGAAAAGUUUCUCUCUGCAACGAAACCUAAAGACACAUCAGCAGAUACACAUUGGACAGAAACCUGCCAGUAUGCUCAAUAUCAUUGUUAAAGAGGAAGAGGGUGAGGGGGAAAUCAAUGAGGGAGAGAGGAAACGUCAGAAAGAGGGCAAUAGUAGUGAAGUUGACCCAAGUACAUCAAUGUUACCUGGUCGUAGGAGUUAUCCCUGCCCUCAAUGCGGGAAGUGUUACAGUUCCUCAAGCAAUUUAAAGACUCAUCAAAUGGUACACACUGGAGAGAAACCUUUCCACUGCUCCCAGUGUGGGAACAGUUUUGGUAAGAAAGUGACCCUUCAGAGACAUGAGAAACUACACGAGAAAGAAAAAAAUAAAGAAAAACCUUUCCACUGCUCUGUAUGUGGAAGCAGUUUUGGUGAGAAAGCAUCCCUUAGGAGACAUGAGAAAAUACAUAGGAAAGAAAAUCCUUACCACUGCUCCCAGUGUGGAAAGAAUUUCAAUGAGGCAGAUGCCCUACAGAAACAUGAGAAAAUACACAACAAGGUGAAACCUACCUUUACUUUGAAUGUGAUUAUUAAGGAGGAGGGAGAAGAGAGAGAGAUUAAAGAAGAAAGCAGAGUGGAGGAAUAUAAAAUUGAAGUGAAGGAAGAGGAAACAUAAGUCAAGUGUAUGAAAAAAUGAUGCGCUCACUUUUGUAAGUCCCUCUGGAUGAGAGUGUCUGCUGAGUGACUUAAAUGAAGAUGUAUAUUAUUUUACUGCUAUGACUGUUUUGGAAGUCAGUAAAUAAUCUCUGCAGGUACUACUGACUACCUAUCACGGUAGAGAGUGUAGAUUCUAAACAGGUAUUACAUUAUACCUGGAUGCAAUACAAACGCAAGUUAUACGCUUUGCAACUUCUAAUCAACCCUCUUUAAGAACGAGUCCAGGCAGAGGUUGAUGAUUUACUUUCACCUGCAGUUGUGAAAUGUUUUUGAGUUUUAUUUAUUGUAUGAGUCUUGCUAGUCUGGAUUGAUUUGUUUUAUCCCUUCCCAAGUCUUUACUAAAUAGUAAAUGUUUGCAAUAGAUUUUGCCAAAAGGUAUGUUGGAGACUGAGAUCCAAGUGUGGUUUUGGUAAGAAAGUGACCCUUCAGAGACAUGAGAAACUACACGAGAAAGAAACCAAUAAAGAAAAACCUUUCCACUGCUCCCAAUGUGGAAAGAAUUUCAAAGUGGCAGAUGCCCUUGAGAAACAUGAGAGAUUACACAACAAAGUGAAGCCUCCCUUUUCCUUAAAUGUGGUUAUCAAGGAUGAGGGAGAAGAGAUUGAAUUAGAUUUGGAGCAAUAUAAGACAGAUGUGAAGGAAGAGGGAACAUAAGCUAACUCCAUAUGAAUCUGAAGUGACUCCUGUCCUUGCAACCUUACAGUUGAUUUCAGACAGAGCAGCACCACUGAGGGCUGUUUUCUUAGGUACCAUGUAACUCAGCUGAUAUAGUAUGGCACUUGUAAAGCCAAAGUUAUGGGUGCAUUUCCCAGAGGGCCGGGACAAAAAUGUAAGGGAAAUUAUGCUUUCACUAUUGUAAGCCCCUCUGGAUAAGAACAAGUUCUGCAAUUUCUGGUUGAACUUGUUUCAUAUAGAGCACAGUCUGAGGUUGAUGAUUUGCUUCCACUUGUAGUUGUAGAAUCUGAGUCGACUUUCUUGGCUUAAGCCCUCCUGCUAGCCUGGAUUGAAUGCUUUGAUCCUUCCCUUACUCACUUCUUCACCCAGUGUCACCCAGUUGACUAAUUCAAAAUAGUAACUGUCUGCAAUAGCUUGCCAAACGGUAUGUGGGAGACUGAGACCAAGUGGAAGAAUAUUCUAUGGUCUGGGAGAUCAAAAUAGAGCCUUUUGGUUUCAGUGCUAAGCACUGUUUGGUGCCAACCUAAAACUGCACAUUCUGAGAACACCAUCCCUACCAUGAAGCAUGGUAAUGUGCAGCGUCAUGCUAUGGGGAUGCCCCUCUGCAUCAGAGCCUCAAAAGCUUAUGAACAUGAAGCUAUACUGGAUUCAGUAAAUUUUCAGAAAUUCUGGAAGAAAACCUUUUGAAGUCUGCAUGAGACCUGGGACUGGAGAUCAUUCAUCUUCCAGUUGGACAAUGACUCCAAGAACAACAAGGUCAAUGUCCUGGAAUAGCCCAGUCAAAGAUGGCUGUGUCCAGAUAUGCAAAGCUAGUACAGACAUAUCCACAUAAACUCAUGACUGUAAUUGCUGGUAUAUUUCCCUGCACCAAAUAUGCAAUGCAGUAUUUCUCUGUAUUUUAUUUGUAAUUCACUUUAAACAAUUUGUAGAUUUUAUUUUUGACAUUAUGGACC